AUGGUGUCCACCAACCUCACACUCCCUGCCACCAUGCGGGCUCUCCUGCUCACAGGUCUAUACAACGUUACCGUCCAGGACGUUGCAGUCCCACAGCUCGUCUCUCCAACUGACGCCAUCGUCAAGUUGACCACCGCUGGUAUCUGCGGGUCGGAUCUUUAUGCCUAUCGAGGAUUCGGCUCAGAUCAGGACCCUUACGUUCUUGGACAUGAGGGCAUUGGCUACGUUGUACAAACUGGUAGUGGCGUAUCUAGCGUGUCUGUCGGAGACUAUGUUGUCAUUCCUGAUAACUUUCACCACGGACAGCUGGAGAUGCAGCCUACGUUUCCGAUAUCCUAUGGAGGCGGAGUGCAAUCUCCUGGGGUAUCAGGACUCCAAGCUGAGUACGCUAUCGUCAAGGCAGCCGAUGCUAAUCUAUUCCGCCUUCCCAUCCACCGGAAUGAGACCAAUGAGACCCUCGAGCAGAGUUACCUCAUGACAGGAGAUAUUUUCUCCACCGGAUGGACAGCAAUCACCUGGUCUGGCUUCGAACCCGGCGAUUCAGUUGCCGUCUUUGGCGCAGGUCCUGUUGGUCUGAUGGCAACAUACAGCGCUCUACUCCGCGGCGCCUCUUGCGUUUACACCGUAGACCACGUCCAAGAACGUCUUGAUGUCGCCAAGUCCAUCGGAGCCAUACCCAUCAACUUUGUGGAAUCCGACCCCGUCACCCAGAUCCAGAAGCUCGAACCUGCUGGUGUGAAACGAGCUGUGGACUGUGUCGGUCUGGAGGCUCUCAACAGCAGCCUCGCCUUUGAACCCUCAAUUAUCGUUCGGCAGAUGGUGAACGUGGCCGGCUUUGAAGGAGGACUGGGCCAGGUUGGAGUGCAUGCGUAUACACCUGGCACUCAAGCCGCUCUAGACCAUCCACAGCUCAGCGCUGACAUUACCUUUCCCGCCACGAGCUUCUGGACCAAGUCGCUUCGGCUGCAGGCUGGUAUUGUGCAGCCCUAUCGGAUCGCCCCGCAGCUCAUCAACCUGAUCUCCAGUGGCGUCGCGAAUACGAGUUUCAUAACGACGGCAGUGAUCAACAUUGAGGAUGCGCCUAAAUAUUACGAGCGGUUUAACCGUACGGAAGAGGUCAAGGUUCUGAUAUCGUUCUCUCGUUGA